CUUGUGGCAGCGGGCGACCCGCUGCAGCUGCCGCCUGUCAUCGCCACGCCCGCAUACCUGUCGCUUCCGGCCCAGCCAGCAUCGGCGGGAGGAGCGACCCACGGGUCAUCAGCAGCCUCAGGAACGGCAUCCGCCGGCCCCUUGGACAGCCUGUUGCGGCCGCUGUUCGUACGGCUGUCACAAAUCGGCCAUGAGUCGCACCUCCUCACCUACCAAUACAGGUGUCACCCACAGCUCUCCGGCAUCGCAAACGCUGCCUUUUACGGCGGCAAGCUGCGAGACGGCUGCUCCGCUUCCGACCGGCGGCCGCUGCUGCCCUGCCUGCCUCCGCUGCUGUUUGUGGAGGCUCAGGGGCAGGCCCAGUUGGACGGGUUCACACGCAGCAGCUACAACACUGCGGAGGCGCACAUCGUGUCACGAACCGUUGCCGCCCUGCUCGACAAUGGGGUGUGCGCGGAGGAGGUGGGCGUCAUCUGCUUCUACCGCGCUCAAGUCAACACAAUCCGGA